UUGAGCAACGCCACAACUUGCGCAGCACUUCCUCUUUCCACAGCCGAGCGGCAAUUUACACCCCGAAAAAAAGGCAGAGAGAAGAGUAGUAGGACAAAAAGGACUUCUUGCAUCCUCAGCAUCCUUCUCUGCCGCCAGCAAUGGAGAGGGAGGUCAUAUUUUGCCCAAAGUGGCACAGUGCGUUUUCGUUUUUGAUUUUGGUGAUGCUCUGUUUCUUUCAUGCCGCCAAAGCUGAGAUAACUUGCAGGUCAUGCCAGCCUGGGAAUAAGUGGCGUGCACAGGAAUUACUGCUGAAAUUCGACACAAGUGAGUCCGCAACAGGAUUAAAGGGAGAAGUUUUUGGACACGGAGACGGGGCAGGGAGAGCCGGGGCUGCAACUGCCGAAAGUCGGCGGCGGCUCCGUUGCGCAGCUGGUUCCGCCGAAUGCGCUCCAGGUCGGGCGGAGUACACGGAGCCGACACGGAAUACAGACAACCUGCACGCAGAAGGCGAAAUUGCUGAUAGCGAGUUUGCAAAGAUGAAAGUUUCCAAUGCCAACAUGAGCAGUCAGCAGAAGCCCAGCGCUGGUGCAGGUUUUGCUUAUGGCACCCGGUACAGAAAGCGCGCCAGAAGGAACAGUGAUGAUGAUACAGUCAGAUCCCCCGGCUCAGACCAGAGUCAAGACCCGGGAGAGGGCAGGCAGAGCUCGGCGCCUGGACGCAGAGUGACGCGCUCUGAAUUGCGCUGGAGCGGAGACGAGCGGAGAGCCGCCGGUCCGAGGCAGGAUGAGCUAAAACUUAACAGUUCAACGUUCGCCCUGACCGGGGACUCAUCUCACAACCAGGCUAUGGUGCACUGGUCCGGCCAGAACAGCAGUGUGAUUUUGAUGCUGACCAAACUAUUUGACUUCAACCUCAACAGUGUGACUGAGAGUUCAUUAUGGAGGUCAACUGACUACGGAGCAACGUACCAGAAGCUGAAUGACAAAGUGGGAGCAAAGACAAUACUCAGUUAUUUGUACGUGAGCCCUAACAACAAGAGAAAGAUCAUGCUACUGACUGAUCCAGAGAUAGAGAGCAGCCUGCUGAUCAGCUCUGAUGAAGGAGCUACCUACCAGAAGUACCGGCUGAACUUCUACAUCCUCAGCCUGCUCUUCCACCCCGAGCAGGAGGACUGGAUUUUGGCCUACAGCCACGACCAAAAGCUCUACAGCUCGGUGGAGUUUGGGAGGAGGUGGCAAGUGGUGCACGAGAGAGUGGCCCCCAAUCGUUUCUACUGGUCGAAAAUGGGUUUGGACAAAGAGCCGGGCUUAAUUCACCUGGAAACCAGCAUCUCUGAAGGACAGGCGCUGUAUGUCACCUGCAAGCUGCAGAACUGCACAGAUGCCAACAAGGGCAAACCAUUCCCCGGCUACAUUGACCCCAAUUCUCUGGUGGUGCAAGAUGAGUAUGUGUUUGUCCAGGUGUCAGCUGCAGGAAGGCCGAUCUACUAUGUGUCUGCUAAAAGAGACGUCUUUACACCGAUGAAGCUGCCCAAGUACACACUGCCCAAGGACCUGCAUGUGAUCAGCACAGAUGAAAACCGUGUGGUGGCAGCCGUACAGGAGUGGAACCAGAACGAGACCUACAACCUGUACGUGUCGGACACGUCGGGGGUCUACUACACCCUGGCUCUGGAGAGCGUGGUCAGCAGCAUGGGCCCCGAGGGCAACGUCAUGGUCGACCUCUAUGAAGUAGCAGGAAUAAAGGGGAUGUUCCUAGCCAACAAAAAGACGGAUAACCAAGUAAAGACGCACAUCACCUACAACAGAGGCAGAGACUGGAGGUUACUGCAGGCCCCGAGCAAAGACCUGAGGGGCAACAGCAUUCACUGUGUGCUACCAUACUGUUCAUUACAUCUCCAUCUUCACGUGUCUGCGAAUCCCUACACAUCUGGAAACAUUGCCAGCAGGGACUCGGCGCCGGGGAUCAUUGUCGCGUCAGGCUCCAUCGGCUCAGAGCUGACAACCAGCAAUGUCAGUGUGUUCGUCACCUCGGAUGCAGGAAACACAUGGAGACAGAUCUUCGAUGAGGAGUAUGCUGUGCUGUAUCUUGACCAAGGUGGAGCCUUAGUGGCAAUAAGACACACUCCACUUCCCAUCCGUCACCUGUGGUUGAGCUUUGACGAAGGACGGCAGUGGAACAAGUACAGCUUCACCAACACGCCUCUGUUCGUGGACGGGGUGCUGGGAGAGCCCGGGGAGGAGACUCUCAUCAUGACGAUAUUCGGCCACGUCAGUCAUCGCUCAGAGUGGCAGCUGGUGAAAAUAGACUUCAGGUCCAUCUUCAACAGGAGGUGUACAGAAGCGGAUUAUCAGACGUGGCACCUACACAACCAGGGCGAGCCGUGUCUCAUGGGAGUGAAAAGAAUCUACCGGAAGCUGAAGCCCACGUCCAGGUGCGUUAUGGGAAAGACGUACUCUGUGUCUAUGACAUCGGGCCCCUGUGACUGCACAGAGGCUGACUUUGAAUGUGAUUAUGGCUAUGAGAGACGAACCGACGGCAAGUGCACCCCUGCCUUUUGGUUCCAUCCAUCAACGAUGUCCAGGAGUUGCACCACAGGGAUGACUUUCCUUAACAGCACCGGCUACAGGAAAGUGGUCUCUAAUAACUGUACAGCUGGGGUCAGCGUAGAGUACACAGCCAGGAGGCAGCAGUGUCCCAUCCAAGCACCCAAAGGUCUCCACCUGGUGACCAGCGAGGGCACGCUGACAGCCACCCUGGGCGCCAAUGUCACCUUCCUUGUUUUUCUGGAGGAGGGCGACGGGGCGAGGACAAGCAUCACGCUGGACUUUGGGGACGGCCACGCUCUGACCUACUCCAAUGUGAGCUCUAUUGAGGACGGGAUCAAGCACAUCUACAAAGCCGUGGGAAUCUACCGGGUGACUGCCACCGGAGAGAACAGCCUCGGCUCAGAGACUGUCAUGCUCUACCUGCAUGUAACAUGUCAGCUGGAGUAUAUCCAUCUCUCAGCUCCCUUUGUGGCGGUGAGGAAUAAGGAAGUGAACCUGACUGCUGUUCUGUGGCCCAGCCAAGUGGGAACGGUCACCUACAUCUGGUGGAUCGGAAAUAACACAGAGCAGCCAGUAAUCACCCUAGAGGGAAGUGUAGCGUGCACGUUCUCCCGGGAGGGCAUCAACACAGUGACUGUGCAGGUGUCUGCAGGGAAUACUAUUCUGCAGGACAGAAAAACCAUCACUGUCCACGAAUAUUUCCGCUCUCAUCUGCUCGCCUUUUCAUCAAACCUGGAUGACCACAACCCUGAUGUUGCAGAAUGGAGACUGGAUGUGAGCCGAGUCAUCAGGAACUCUCUGAUCCAGGCUACAGGCGUGCCAGAGGAUCAGCUUCUGGUCACCAUCCUCCCAGGUUUACCCACAGCAGCAGAGUUUUUCCUCCUCCCUGACAAACAGUUAACUGAGGGGAAACCAGACAAGAGCGCUGCUCAUUUAGAUCAGCUCUCUGAGGUUUUGCUCAGCGCCUUAAAUCAAAACCUCGUCCAGUUCACGUUGCGGCCAGGGGUCCAAGUCACUGUGUACGCAGCACACUUAUCAGCAGCGCCCCUAGUGGACACCAGCGAGAACCACAGUGGCUCUGCCAUGCUAAUGCUGUUAUCAGUAGUGGUUGUGGGUUUAGCUGUAUUUGUCAUCUACAAAUUCAAGAGGAAGAUCCCAGGCCUCAACGUCUAUGCGCAGAUGCAGAACGAAAAAGAACAAGAAAUGAUGAGUCCAGCUAAUCCAACAGAGGCCACACCCAGCUCACAGCGGGACUUGGUGCAUUCUUUGGAGAUUCUGGACACAGAGUUUAACUCACAGCCCAUAGAAGUGAAAUGGUCCAGGCAAGGGGUGAACGAGUGCUAAACAGAAAUAAGUAUGAUGGAAAGUUCAGCUACUUCUCGGAUGUAUGAAACCUCAUGUACAUGUGAAAUUCUCCACAGAACUCCCCACAUACAUCGUCUAAACUCUGGACUGGAUUACCACUCCAGCUGCGUCAUGGAUAUUUUUUACCAUUCGGGACACAAUGGUUUUGAGCUUUAUACCUGUGCAUGUUGGACCCUGCUGACACAUACUGUGCUCUGUUCAAUCCAGAAGAAACUGUGUACAGGUUUUUAGUUUCCUUUCAACAUACGUACGUCCGAUGAAUUAAACAUUUGAGAAAUCUAUUUUAUUUAUACAAGUCAUAAUUCAAAGGAGCGCCAGCAUGAACGAGAGAGGGUUAAAAAACAAUGAAAAAAAAUGAAAUAAGCAACAAUGUUUUGGUUUUGCUUACAUAUCUGAGAUUGGUUUGCUGUUCUGCGAAGCUAACAGCAGUAGUGUAUUAUUUAUUCAUAUGAAUAUACUUUUAUGAAGUAUGUUAUUGAGGUGAAUUACACAUUUGUUUUGUAAAUCAUGAAUGUCUAUGUUAUAAAUUUGUGUAUUUUAAUAACAAAUGUCAUACUAAACAGAAAUGCUGUUAUAAAAUAUGAAUAGGGUACUUCAAAGCUUUUGUUCCAUCGUCUCUUGUAAAGCUGAUUUAUGGCACAAUACACAUUUUUCUACUGAAAUGUUUCUUUUUUUCUGAUUUUAAUUUGUUAACAAAAAUACAGGGUUUGAUUUUCUGGAUUAAUUUAACAUGUGCUGUUAAUCUAAUGCUUCUGGUACUAUUUAUGAUACAUACCAGUUUGUAAAAUGUUUUGUGCUUCAGAAUAAGGGAUUACGUAAUGGCUACGGUGCUACACUGCACCUUCGGACUGCAAGUGAUCCCCAAAUAUAACCAUUACAACUUUUAGGAAGAAGAAAGGGGAGGUGGGGGGCGACUAUCCCACAAAGCAAAGUAUUCCUGAUCACAGCCAACAUCCUCACUGGAGGCAGAGUAUAAUUUGUCAAAGCUCAGAUUUAAGGUGGCAGCUGGAAUGAGAUACAGCUACUUUGUGAGAGAAUCCAGAGAGCAUGGCAGAGAAAGAGAGAGACAGAGAGAGGCUAAGAGAGAUGGAAGAGUGCUUUUCGGGGCCUUGACGCAUUAAGAGCGUUCUAUUGGAUGGAAUAAAAAGAGGUUGACUUCUUGAAUACUUAAUGUGGUCAGUCAAGCUCAAGGCUGGCCAAGGUUGGUGACACAUUUAGGCUAAUGUCCUGACCCGCUCUGGAGUAGCACCCAUCUUCAUCCCAGCUCAUUAUAUCGCGCUGUAGGAGCAGGAGAAGUAGAGCGCAGAUGCUACCAGGCUACACGGAUGGUUAGCUUGCUCAGAAGACUGUCAAGCCCCGCGGUACUUUGUGUGCGGAAAUCUGACAGAUGUAAAUGCCUGAUUGAUGCCUUUCAAAUCUUCAGAGACAACCUUUCCGGAUUAGUUUUCCCUCUUUUGACUUUGUGGAGAUGUAAAAAAUACAGAGGGUGUGUGUGGUUUUGUCAACUCUGGAUGAGCUUUUCUAUGAUUGUUUAGCUGUAGCUGUGCAGAAACAGCCGCAGUAGAUACACCUACGACAGGAUCAGAAGAGAAAGUGACCAUAGACCGUGCAGAGGAGUGAUAAUCAGACACUUACAUGCAACACACACUGGCUGCUUUGUGUAGAGUUGCUUUAUUUGACCUGGUAACAGCAGGUUCAUUUAAAUCCACCUGUUUUUAUGCACAUUUUCAAUAAAGAAAUAGUGGGGGGAAAAAAUCAUGAAAUAUUGAAAGAAAGGUGGCAAAAUUGGUGUAUGGAUAAAAGGUUAAUGGGACUAAGUGCAAUGGAAACAGACUCAGUGAAUAUAUGAUUAUGUGCUGUCAUUACGCUGUUACCAGAACUCAUCCACGAGAAAAGAGCUGCAAUAUUAGUUGUUCAAAACUCUCAUUUCCAUCGUCCAGUGUUCAUUCAUUCAUUCAUUUUCUGUAACUGUUUAUCCUGUUAGGGGUCGUAGGAGGGCUGGAGCCUAUCCCAGCUGACAUUGGGCGAGAGGCAGGGUACACCCUGGACAGGUCACCAGACUAUCACAGGGCUGACACAUAGAGACAGACAACCAUUCACACUCAUAUUCACACCUACGGACAAUUUAGAGUCACCAGUUAACCUGCAUGUCUUUGGACUGUGGGAGGAAGCUGGAGUACCCUGAGAAAACCCAUGCUAACACAGGGAGAAAACUCCCCCACCCUGAGUUUGAACCAGGAACACUUGCUGUGAGGCAACAAUGUUAGCCACUGCAUCACUGUACUGCCUUUGUCCAUUGUGGUCUCCAUUAUUAUACAUCCUUUGUUUCCCUUCGUUCAUCUACAGUGGCACCUGACUGGAGAAUUAGCACCACUUACUGCUUGUCUUGAUGAGGCAACUCCCAAUAUUUGGAUAAAGCCCAUAAAUUAGCAUUUUUCUUUGCCCGAUUUUCUGCAAAUUCAGUUAAAAUUUGCACUUUAGAUUGACUAUUGAAGACUCACUGAAGUGCCAAAUAAGAAGUUUGCAUUGAUUUUAUUAGUUAUUGGUGGGAUGCAAGUGCAUCACUUCUCAAGAUGUUGUGAGAUGUCAGAGGAGUGGGGGUUACCCAGGGAUAAAAGGAUGGUCAAAAGUUGAAAAAUUAAAUCUAAAUGAGGGGGUUUCUUGGUAACUCUGUGGUGAUUUGCUAAAGAAAUUGACAGAAUAAUUGAGGCACUGGAGUAGGAAGUUUGUUUACCUGCUUGUGAAAAUAUCAUAAAUUGUUGAACUGGUUGGUUGCGCACAAGGUUGGGCUACCAGCCAUACAAUUUGGACGUCUUGUUUGUGAGUAUUGGUUGCAGUGACUAGUAAACAGCUACAAAGUCAGUGAUACUCAAUUGUUACACUUCCAGGUUCUCCAUCGUCACUGGAUGUGCUGUUCAGAUAGAAAAAGCAGUCAAGGGAGAGAAGGUGGGGUGUGUGUCACUCUGAGGAAUGAGUGUGAUAACAUUGCUGCUUUCCUGGACUGUUGAUGCGAAUCAGUGCUAGGAAGUAGGAUGGUGGCGAAUCAUGGCAGUGUGCUCACAUGUAAAGAUACAAAGAGCAUAAAGCUUGAGGGCAUGUUUGUGUUGACGAUGUAGGUGAGAUAGUGAGAUCCACAGCCACACUGGUGCACAUUAGUUAAUUUCCAGAGUAAUGUGUUGCCAUGCACUGUUUAUCGUAUUCAAGCCUCUGUUGCUUGCACCCAGGCUUUCAAUCAACUCCAGUGUAAACCCAUUUGUGUCACUGUUGAACAUACAGAGCAACCGAUGUAGUAUAAAGAGCAGGAGUCCCAUUCGGGUGGGUAGGGUGGGAGCACAAAAGGACUGGCCCGAGAAGUACAGGACUUUGACCCAGGAGACUGGUGUUUGUGUCCUAUGUGAAACUAAAAGCUGCAUCAACUUAUUUUGUCACCUGACUCAAUAGUCACACGUUAGUCACACAAGCAGACAGACAUAAUUAAGAUCAACCAUGACCUUUCCUAACCAUAACCAAGUAGUUGUGCUGACUAAACCUUACAGCAGACCCCUUCUAAAGCGGGAUUUAUACUUGUGUGUCAACUCUAUGCAGAGCCUACCCUGUAGCAGUUACACCUCCAAAACACUAGUUGGCGGCAGGGUUUCUGUGAACUGCUAUAAAGUUUAGUUGAUUCAAAACACACAUUAAACAUGGCUUAAAAGAGACUAUUUCGAACACAAGUACCCAAAUCAGCUUCACUAUAACUCGCAGCAUUCACAGACAAACACUUGUCUUUAUCUGGACACAUUUUCCCCACAAAUAAGCCUAUGGCAUUUUACAUUGUAUAAAUUAGCCUAUCAGCUAUCAGACUUUUCCUGUACUCAUAUGAGGCCAGGGACAACAGCAACAUUUAACAAAGGUAACGUACAACACACGGUUCCAUUACAACUCACAAGGUUCACCAACAAAACAACUGUCUUAUACUAAACACAUUUUCCAAACAAAUAUAAGGUGCUAACGUUAUUAGCACAAGCCUAUGGCAUUUUAUAUUGUAUAAAUUAGCCUAGCGAUGAGCGGAGAUUUCCUCAGCUCAUAUGAAACCAAGAUAAAUCCCAAAGUAAAAAUCCCCAAAGGAUAAAUCACACACAAGAUUUAAAAUGCUAUUUUGUGGAGGCUUUACUGUCUUCACAAUUUAUUGUUUCUUAUCGGUGAAAUUAAAGUACAUAGCUUUAGUAAAAAGCUUCCUUUCCACUGAGGGAAAUGGCAUUAGCUUACAAAAAUAGACAGGAGGUCUGCAUCACUGCAACGUGUAGUGACAUCUCUGGGGAAGUGCAUGUUAGGCUCCAGCUUAGGGUACAGUGUUGGCUCUAUAUCGAUGCAGAGCCUACGCAAAAGGCUGCCCAUGGCAUCAUUAUAAUAAUGCUGGAGGCUUCUGCCAGUGUCAAAAUAUAACAAGAAGGGAUGACAUCACAUCAGCAGUAGAGUGGAAUAAAAUACUACCAUGUGCUUCUGUUGUAAAGGGAAUUAAGAAAAGCAUGAUUGGUUGUAGAUUGUUACUCCAGCACCACCAGCGCCACUUGUCUCCUGUCAAGUCUCGAGUAUACGAGUCCAUGCACGCGAAUGGGGCGUGAUAUGUCAAGACACAGCCAGGGUGUGUUGCCCUCAGUUAGAGCAGUUAAUAUUUUUUAGAUAAGGUGAUAAAUCUGCUUAAAUUUCAAAGCUGCAUGCUAAGAUGAUUUCGGUAACAACUCUGCGUCCAUCUUCAUUUCCAUUGUAGCUGUGUGUGUUCCAUCAGAGGCUGCAGGACAGAAUUUGCACUCAGCUAUGAGGUGACUUAUCUUGUGCCAUUGCAUGGUGUAUGAGGGUAAUUUCACGAACUGGUUAUUGGAGUUUUGUAAAUCAGCAACAUCAAUGAAAUGUCUAGGAAUGUAGCAAUACAAUAAUAAUUGGGAUUUUCUACGCUUGGGGGAAAUUAAGGGUUUCUUUUCAAGUUUUGCAAAGUGCAGAUGUAAAGUUGUAUACUGAGAGGAUUUAGUUCACAUUUCUGAUUUAGAUAAGUGGUUCUGGCUCUGACUUUACCAGCCUGACAGGUACAGUACCCUGUAACCCGCGGCCAGAAGCGGCAGAGUACUCAUCCUAACCUUAACUCCAAGCAACAGGAAAUGACUCAGACCUGACAAGAUCAGGAGGUCUGUCAUGAUAAAAGCACCUUCUGUCUUUGGGUUUCACUGGGAGGAGGACAGGUCGGACAGACAGGAAGUCCCGCUAACACGAAGGAUCUCUGGCUUCCUGGUUAGGAGGCGCUGUGAUGUGACAGCACCCGAGGGUGUGGGGGAACAGUAUCGAGUUGUAAACUAAUUUUGAGCUAUUCUUUCUUCUUCUCUCUCCCACUCUCCUUCGCUCUAUCUUUUCCUCCCCGCAGAAUUAGCAAGAUUAUUAUUUUUGUAGAGAAAUAUUAAUAACAAUAAAAAAAAGAGUUUUAUUACUGUACAGCUUUUGUAUAAGAACAGACGGUAAGGUGUUACAGUGUUUUUGUUUGACCUCAACUGUGCUGUGUGUAAUUGUUUUAUGCAUUUAUAAUCAUAUUUAUUAAAUGGAAAGAAGUCUGUUAACUGUGCUCUCAUUUUCUUACAAUAUUUGUAAAGAAAUACUAUGUAUUUGCGGAAGUAA